AUGCAGGUAGUCAGGAUCUACACGGGCGAGGAUGGCGAAUCGCACAUCGAAGAAAUGGAGCUGCCCUUCGAGCAGGUGGGCCACGCGUUGAGGACCGCGACCGAGGCGGCCACGGGCGUGCAGUUCAGCAGCUUGAAACCCACCCAGUUGGUGGACUUUCACACCGCGCCGCGACGGCAGUAUGUCAUCACGCUGCAGGGCCAGGUGGAGAUUGGGCUGGGCGAUGGCACCAAGCGGAUCUUCAACAUUGGCGACAUCGAACUGUGCGAGGACCUGAGCGGCCGCGGCCACACGACCCGCAGCGUCGGUGAUGUUGAUCGAGUCAGCGUGCAGAUCCCACUGACCGAUCAGACACCGGGCGGCGGUCUCGACGUUUAG